AUGGCGGACUUCUUUAAACUCCUAGCAGAUACGUCUAUCCCAGAGCAGCUUGCCCUCUUCGACCCGGGUUUCCGCCGAGUUCCUUCAUUCCUUCAAGGUCACCAGUCCAUCAAAAGUAAAGCCGGAAUUGAUGGUGUUGUGCACGUGAAGGCGGGAACCUGCGAGGUGAUCGCCGCACACCGCUGCUGCAACAAGAACAAGAUCGAGGAGCGAUCCCAGACCGUCAAAUGCUCCUGCUUCCCCGGACAGGUGGCCGGGACAACAAGAGCGGCGCCAUCUUGCGUGGACGCGUCCAUAGUUGCACAGAAGUGGUGGUGCCAGAUGCACCCCUGCAUGGAUGGGGAGGAGUGCAAAGUGCUGCCAGACCGGAAAGGAUGGAGCUGCAGUACCGGAAACAAAGUAAAGACGACCAAGGUCACCCGAUAGUCCCCUACGUCCAGGAUAACCUUGUUUAGCAGCGGACGUCUCCUUGUCUGACCGAUACCACGGGAACCCUGGACGGAUGUCAUCUGUUGUGAGAUAAUGGUGGAGACCAGGGAGUGAUGUCAAGGACAAAGAAAAAAAGAAAAAAAGAAAAAAAAAAGGGCACUGACAUUCCACUGAAAGGAUGGAGGGAGAUGACCAGGGGACACCUUAUGAGACCACAUAUCCAAAAAGGACUACUGUUCGUAGACCCAACAUCAACAGUAGCUUUUUUUCUGAAAUGUCCCGCCCGCCAGAUUUCUCUUUGUGCUAUGGUUUUCUUCUUAUGGACUAAGACUCAAUCCCCCAAAGCUAUUUAUUGAGUGAAGGACUGUUGGUUUAACAAGAAAAGAAAAAAAUCAUUCUUAAAAAUCAUGUGAUGUGUAAUUUUUGUGUUAUUUCCCUGCCCCUGAGAGCCGCGGGACUCUUGACACGUAUCUAUGUCGAGGAACUAGAGAGAACAUGGACAUUUUCAUUCCUGUUAGCCUUAUUAAGCGGAGAUCUCUUCCUUUUAAGGCUUUGUUGAUUUGAAACGAUCGAGUGUUUGGCUUUCGUAACUUUGCUGGAGCAUCGAGUCUUCUUUUCAAAGGCUUGACACGUCAAAACGGAGACCCCCACGAAAGGAAAAUACAAAAAUAACAUAAUGAUGUUUGACGAGGAGUCGGCGUCCUCGACAAAGCGAUUUAAGAUGACACAAGCUGAGUUCCUCCCAGCUGUUUUAAUGAUAUCUGUUGUUUUCAGAACCUCGUGACCAACAUUGAUUACAAAUGUCAGUAUUAUCUCAAUAAAUCUAU